GCCAGGAGCGGAGCCCGCCGCGUAACCCUAACGCCGCCACGCGCGGCCAUCCAUGGCCUCCUGCGACGACGACUUCGGCCUCCUCGGUGACGACGCCCACCAGCCGGCAGCUCCCCCGCCCCAGCCCGCCACCGCCGCGCUGCAGCCCGCGCCGCCGCCGCAGCCCGCCCAGGCCUUCUGCUUCGCCGACGCGACCGUGGCCUCGGGCGCCGGCGCCGGCGCCGGCUCCUUCGCGCCGGCUCAGGAGGAGAGCAACCACCACGCCGAGCGCGGCAAGGCGGCGCACCACGCCAAGCGGGCCAGGGAGCGCCCUGACGAGUUCAGCAGCGAUGGGGGCGAGUACUGCUCCUACAUCAACAGCGGCGGCAGCGGCGGCGGCGGGAAGAAGGGCCGCGGUGGCGGAGGGAGCUCGGGCGCGUCGGACUACCGUAAGGAUCGGGAGGAGUGGACGGACGGCGCCAUCAGCAGCCUCCUCGACGCGUACACGGACCGAUUCGAGCAGCUCAACCGGGGGAACCUGCGAGGUCGGGACUGGGAGGACGUGGCCGGCGCUGUGACCGAUGGGCAGGGCAAACCUACUGGGGGCAAGAGCGUCGAGCAAUGUAAGAACAAGAUCGACAACCUUAAGAAGCGCUACAAGGUGGAGUGCCAGCGGCUCGCCAGCUCCGGCGCCGGCGCCAUCAGCCACUGGCCCUGGUUCAAGAAGAUGGAGCAGAUCGUCGGAAACUCUGCGUCUCCUGCCACCUCCAAGGCGCUUGUCGUAGUAGAGGAUGAAAAACCGAGGCAGCAGCAGCAGCACGGGAGCAAAAGGUACCCUCUUUCCAGCACUGGCCCUCCUACUGUGGUUGGUAGCUCCAGAGCAAACCCUCUUUCAAAUCCAAGAUGGAAGAGAGUGCUUCUGAAGAUUGGAGGGACUGCAUUGGCAGGAGCAGCUCCUCAAAAUGUUGACCCCAAGAUUAUAAUGCUGAUUGCAAGAGAAGUUCAAGUGGCGUGCCAUCAUGGUGUGGAGGUGGCAAUUGUGGUAGGAGGGCGGAAUAUAUUCUGUGGUGACAAUUGGGCAGCUGCAACUGGUACUGAUCGAGCAUCAACGUACCCAAUUGGAAUGAUGGCAUCAGUGAUGAAUUCGGUACUUCUUCAAGCAUCACUAGAAAAAAUUGGUGUGGAGACACGAGUCCAGACCGCAUUGAUGAUUCAAGAAGUUGCAGAACCAUACGUUAGGCGGCGAGCCAUACGUCACCUUGAAAAAGGGAGGGUUGUUAUCUUUGGUGGGAUUGGUGCUGGCAUAGGGAAUCCACUUUUCACAACAGAUACAGCUGCUGCCUUAAGAGCUUCUGAAAUCAAUGCAGAUGUUGUCCUUAAAGGUAUUGUUGGUGAUGAUGAAUAUGGUUGCCCUCCUAGAGGCAAUACUAACACACCAUUUGAGCACAUUUCCUUCAGGGAGUUAGCAGCAAGAGGAUUCAGCAGAAUGGACAUGACAGCAGUAACGUGUUGCGAGGAGAACAACAUUCCUGUUGUCAUCUUUAAUAUGUUAGAGCCUGGUAACAUAUCCAAGGCGAUUUGUGGAGAUCAAAUAGGCACCUUAGUUGACCAAUCUGGAAGGAUCACUUAAGAUUAUGAGGAUUUACUCUAGCACAGGUUGAGGACAUGCCAAUACUCUGGGGACCAUCAUGCAUUCUUUGCUUGCAUGGGUUUAUCGAGUGGUGCAAGGUGUUCAUCAGACGGAAGCUUGCACCUUGAUUUCGUUCAGAUGCAUGCUGUGUAUUAUGUGUUGUGUUAGCAACUAUCCACAUUUAAAAAAAGUAUUUAUCUUGUAAUACCUAUUUGUAAUGUGGUCUGUAGAUUAGUGGGAGGGCUUAUGUAAAGUGGUUCACGGGCACCCAAAUCAGAAUGUAGUGUUGUAAGUUGUAACGCUAUUGGUCAAUUUGUAGUGUUUGAGAGAUCCUCUCGCACCAUCAUUAUGCAUGUGGCCUUCCAAUAAUCAAUCGUUAUUUAUUUAUUUA